CUGUGUGCGCACGGCAUGAGAGGAGAGGAAGAGACGCUGACUGAGAUUACUCAGAGCAGCAUGCAUGGGAAUAAAUUACAAUAUAAUAGAUAUCUGUAUAUUUCCUGCUUUCCCCCUGAUGACCGGAAUAACAUGGUGCUGCUGCUGCGUUUUGCUGCUCUGUCUUGUCUGUCCGUGCGCUGUCAGUAUCCUCUUUUCACGCCACGACGUUAUCAGUCAUGAAUUUAGUUUUCACUGCGUGAGAAAAUGGACAUGUGGAGUGAGAGCGUGUGAAAAGUGUCAGUUGCGUGGGUCUCACGGUCAAUGCGUGAGAGUUGGCAGCUCUGGUUAUUACAUUACCAGUCCAUGAUUGGAGGGGGAAAAGAUGCUGUAGCUCAUUGCUUUUGUCAACCUGUGGUUGUCAGUUGCGGAUGAUUCUGGUGUAGAAGAACUGUGGUUCCAGUGCAGUCUUUGCUGUGCUACACUCCAAAGAAGCAGGUGCUAACUUGUCUCGUCUCGUUAACCAUUUGGAUGAGUCCUGUAUUUGCUUCGAGCGGGCCACAUGGUGACCAGAGAGUAUUUUCUGCUGUUAGCGGAAAGGAGACGCAGCCAGCAGCUGAAAUCCAGUCUGAGGAGGCGUUCAGGGACUUCAGUAGCUGGAGCCAUGGCAGUCAGCUGGAUCAUUCUGUUCUAUGGCCUGGGACUGGCAGCAGCUAAGCUAACGGGUGAUACAGAAAGGGAUGUUGAUGAAGGUCGUGACUGGGACAUCUUUGACAUCAAUGAAGCGGCGGGGCUGGACCUGCUGGAGGGAGAUAUCGAACAGGACGAUGCAUUCAGAAACUCCAGAAUAGGUGACGAGUAUCGCUGGCCAACAACCAUUCCCUACUACCUAGAGGACAGUCUGGAGAUCAAUGCAAAGGGAGUGAUCCUGAAGGCAUUUGACCAGUACAGACUGAAGACCUGCAUUGACUUCACACCACGGAAAAAAGAGGAGAACUACAUCUCUGUGUACAAAGGUGGCGGAUGUUCCUCCUCCGUGGGGAACCAGCGUAAGGGGAAGCAGCAGCUGUCCAUUGGUGAAAGGUGUGACACACUAGGAAUCGUUGAGCAUGAGUUUCUGCAUGCUCUGGGCUUCUGGCACGAGCAGUCCAGAGCUGACCGAGAUGAUUACGUCAACAUCAAAUGGAAAAACAUCAAAACUAAUCAUACACACAACUUCAAGAAAUACGAUGACACAAAGUCCAGUGCUCUUGGUGUUCCCUAAGACUACGGCUCUGUAAUGCACUACAGCAAGAAAAACUUCAGCAAAAACUCUGAGCCCACCAUCGUCACCAAGAUCCCCCAGUUCAUGGAUGUGAUCGGUCAGAGGAUAGGGAUCAGCGCUAAUGACCUUACCAAGCUCAACCGUCUCUACAACUGCACCAAAUCUUCUACCUUUGUGGACAGCUGUGACUUUGAAGAGGACAACAUUUGUGGGAUGAUUCAGGGUCCCGGCAAUGCAAAAUGGGAACGACUCACUAGUGCUCGUGGAGGGCCUCAGACUGACUUCUCCAACAUGGGACAAUGCAAAGGAAAAGGCUACUUCAUGCACUUCAACACAGCCUCUGCUAAAUCUGGUGCCCGUGCUCUACUGGAGAGUCGCUGGUUUUACCCCAAACCUGGAGCCCAGUGUCUGCAGUUCUUCCUCUAUAACAGCGGGGCAGCUGAUGAUGUUCUCAAUAUCAAGGUGCGACAGUAUGACAAGGCCAACCCCAGCGGUAAACUGAAGCUCUUCAAGAGAAUUUCAGGAGGUGUUAUGGGCUCCUGGGAACUGCAUAACAUCAAUCUGGAUAUGACACAGAAGGCCCGUGUGGUUUUUGAGGGUGUGAGGGGAAAGAAAAGUUCAAAUGGAGGUUUCUCGCUGGAUGACAUUAACCUGUCAUCCACAAAGUGUCCUCAACACACCUGGCACGUCCGCAACAUCAGCCGCCUGCUUGCCACCACGUCAGCAGAAAAACCACUGUACAGCCCUCGCUUUCUGUCACCAGCAGGUUACUCCUUUCAGGUCAGUGUGUACAUGUACAGGAAAAGCGACCGUUCAGAGUACUUGGCCACCUACUUCCACCUGACCUCAGGCCCCAACGAUCACAAACUCAAGUGGCCAUGUCCAUGGCGACAGGCAACCAUCGCCCUGAUGGAUCAGCAGUCUGACAUCAGACAGCAAAUGAACAUGCACCGCAUGUUCACCACUGACCCCAACAAGAAGUCCUCUAAUGGCACUAAGUACUUCUGGGAUAAUCCCAAGAAAGUGGGGUCUCGAGUAAAUGAGUCUAAUGGCAGCUUUUACUAUCGAGGCCCAGGCUUGCCAACAUUACAGUUCAUCAGCCACAGCAGCCUAAAGAGCAGAAACUUCAUCAAAGGAGACGAUGCCUUCUUCCUCCUCAGUCUGGAAGAUAUCUCUCAUCUCCUGGUAUCUCAGCCUCUUCCCCGCUCUGCAGUCCAAGCUGACACCGAUUUAAUGAUAGCUGCAGACCAAGGUGCUCCGCAGGGAGCAGGGAUGGGCAGGAAUAAUAGACAGCAGGAGAUCGAAAAGGUGCCGAUCAUACAGGACAUGUCCUGAUUCACAGAAUGGCAGACGUCCCACGAUUUACCAUCUCCUCUCACCACUCCAUGAUGUCCCGAUCAGAGAAAGCAAUCAGCACUAACAAGGCAAGAGAUCACAUUACUACAUGAUCUCUACAACCAUGGGCACCAAAUUAUAGUUAAAAGUGGAGGAGCGGAGGGUCUGGGGCUCCUCUCUAUAUCUAUUAUUUUACCAAGCCACUUUGCAUGAAACCACGCCUACUUCCGCAUGACGAAAGUGAGGUGAAACCACGCCCACUUCCGCAUGACGAAAGUAAGGACCUAGAUAUCAAGGCCUGAUGACUGGCUGCCAGCCUACUGCUAGCCAGCCCUCUGUGCGAUAUACCUGCGGCCCCUCUGAAUUAUUUCCCCCCAGAAUGUUUGUUGAUCCAGCGGGGAGUUGGGGGGCGGUCCAAUCACUGAAGGUCCAUGAAAUUCAUAGUGUGGAAAAUACAGUAGGUUGGAAAAUAGCAACAUGGGUAGUUAAAGAGAAGCUUUGCUGAUUUUCAACCAGCUCUGUGUCAUCGCAGUGUGUGCAAGCAAAAGUUCGGUGGACCUCCGCCAGCAAACGAGCUUCCAGCGCUUAUAGCACAAUGGAGAGCCAAACACUUGGAGUUCCCUGCUGCACAUACUUCCUACACUGUGAUCACCAAGCUGGUUGGAAAUCAGCAAACUUUCCCUUUAACAGAUGUAACAACUUAAAUUCAGCCAGUGUAAAAUAUGGACUGUACAAUAAAGAUGAACAUGACAGCGCCCCAAAGGUGGUAUUCAAAGCCACUGAUGAACUCAAGCUGUGCUGUUGUUUAAAUGACCCCCAGCAUGCCACAGUGAGUGUUACUUGCAGCCAAUAAUCGGGCCUUGACGUCUGGCAGCCUGCUUUCGUCAUGCAGAAGUUUCAUUUAGAGUGAGUUGUUACAAUAACAGACACAUCCUUGGCCAGAAAAUUUUCUGCAUUCCAGUGAAUUUUUACACUCCAAAUUAUGGUGCAAAUGUGUUAAUUUCCUUAAAGAAAAACACAAAAUUCAGGUGAGAGGUGACAAUUCAAAAUUUCAAAACAUCAUGUAGUGUAAUGCAGUGGGGCUCUCACACAUUCUGAUUUGCUUGCAAAUAUUUACUCUCUUGCAGAUUAGCUUCUCAUUUAAUGUUAUCUCUGCUGAGUCACACACGUAGGCAUGAUUUACUUAGUCCUCCUUUGUGUCUUUUGAUUGUAGAAGUAUCCUCUUAAAAUGUGAAUGUGGCACCUAUUCACAUUAAUGAUACAUUUCAUUAGAAACACCUGGAUUUUAAUAGCUCAUCUGAGUUUCAGCAAGACUUCUGCUCAUGUUAACUUCAAACUGCAGACUGUCACCAAAGAGGCCACUGUUUGUUUCACAUGUGAAUUUUAAGACAACCCAUCAUGUUUUUUUCUUAAUCUAACCAUGUGUGUUUGUUGCCUAAGACGAAAGAAAUCAAACUAAGGACUAAGUAUUUUACCUAUGUUGUAAGUACUUUUUUUUCAAAGUAUGCAUUUAGAGAGCAGAAACUGCAUUUCCUGUAAAAACAGAGGUGUAUCUUGUGAAAGAAACAAUCGACAUGCUGUACGUGAACAUCUAAAACAGACGCAGGAGGGUACCUAGCACAACACACCUGCUCUGUGGGCCCAGUGAUACAGAAGCUCCAGGUUAUUUUACGCAUGGAAGUCGAACAUCUUUGGCUUCAUUUAUAACAUUAAAAGGAAUGAAUGGGGCUCCACCACCAAUACUGUAUCCAGGUCUCUAUACAUCCAUGGUGAGAAUACGUCUGUCACAGAAAAUCUCCUGUCAUGUGUCACAUGUGUGAAGGGUCACAUCCAGAUCUGAAUCUUUAAACAUAGUCUGAGUUCAUAUGAGAAAACAGCUUUGGUUAGGAUGGGAAAUGUAGUUUUUAAUUCAUACUGCAUCCACUUAUCCAAACUAGCUUGAAUGUUUAAAGAAAGCAAAGAUUCUUGAUCAAAAAGUAGGGAUGCAAAAACACACCUCUGCUCCCCCAAGUGUAAUAGUGGGGGUGCAGCUGCUCAGCUUGCUCCAUUGCUCAGGCGACUCUACAGCAAUUCCUUUUCAUGUAUAAUUUGAAUUUGAAAUAAAAAUCUUU